AAUAAAAACCAAAUUAAUUACACAAUAAUUAAAUGUCAAAACCCUCGCUCCCGGCAAAAGGAAAAUCACUUAAACCCUCACCUCCACCGUUUGCAGACACUAACACCGGCACCUCCGCGCACAAUGGGCGAUUCCGUUCAAUUGAUCAAACACGUCGAGUUGUACGUUAACUCCUCCGCCACUCCGUCGCAGCAGGUUGCCAGCGUGGACGCUGUUGCUGCUCUGUUGAAGAAUGAUUUAUUAACUCUGGAUGCACUUGUUAGGGAAAUGGAGAUGUACUUGACUACUACAGAUAGCAUCGUCCGCUCCAGAGGAACUCUGCUCCUCGCUGAAAUUUUGGAACAACUAACAUCAAAGCCCUUAAAUAGUACUUCAAUACAUAGUCUAAUAGGAUUCUUCACGGAAAGACUGGCAGAUUGGAAAGCACUACGUGGUGCAAUUGUGGGUUGCUUGGCAUUAUUGAGGAGAAAAGUUGAUGUUGGAAUAGUAACUGAUAGUGAAGCGAAGGCUGUAGCUCAGUCAUAUCUCCAAAAUCUGCAGGUGCAGUCCUUGGGACAACAUGACAGAAAGCUAAGCUUUCAACUCAUGGAUUGCUUAUUAGAUCGCUACCCUGGUGCAAUAAGGGAUUUGGGAGAUAACCUUGUGUAUGGAAUCUGUGAAGCUAUUGAUGGGGAAAAAGAUCCUCAAUGCUUAUUGCUCGUAUUUCAUAUAGUGGAGAGUCUUGCAAGAUUAUAUACUGGCCCGUUAGCAAAUUUUGCCGAGGAUCUGUUCGAAAUUUUAGGCUCUUACUUCCCUAUCCAUUUUACCCAUCCAAAAGGCGAGGAUGAUGAUGUGAAAAGAGAGGAGCUCUCAAGGGCAUUAAUGCUGGCAUUUGCUUCUACACAUCUUUUUGAACCAUUUUCUAUCCCCUUGCUGCUGGAAAAACUUUCUUCUUCUCUGCCAUCAGCCAAGGUGGAGUCGUUCAAGUAUCUUAGCUACUGCUCAACAAAAUAUGGACCUGAGAGAAUGGUGAAACAUGCUGAGGCUCUCUGGUCUUCUGUAAAAGAUGUAACAUAUAUUUCACCUAGUUCUACCCCGUCUACGGAGUCUGAAUCAAUGGGUGGAAUGAGUUUUCAGGAUAGUGAAAUUAUGAGGCAUGCUUUUGUGCUUCUGCAGGAAGUUACUCGGCAACAUGCUGAUUUUGUUAGUUUAGUUAUUGCUGACAAUGACAUACACGUAUUUAUCAACUCCCUAAAUCAAUAUAAGGAGUUUGAUGAUAUUCCUGUAUUAGUCAAACAGAAAUUACAUGCACUUGGUCAUAUUCUGUCCACUUGUGCUAAACCCUCUGUUGAAUUGUGCAAUAAGGUCUUUGAGGGUUUCUUUCCACUCCUCAUGGAUGGUUUCGGGCUUUCAGCUGCAAAACCAUCUGAUAAUGUCGAAUGUAAAUUUGGAGCCAUAUAUCUGUGCACAGAACUUCUUGCAGCAAGCAGAUAUUUGACCUUGUCCCUUGACAAUUGCACAUUGGACCCCGAUUUUUCUCGUCAGACAUGGCAUGUGAUGCUUAGCAAUUUCUCUAAAUCACUCGAGAAGGCCUUCAUUGCCCUCUUACGAUCAAAUGUUGCUGAUAAUGCAGAAAGUGCUUAUGUUUAUUUUGGAGUUAAGGGCUUGCAAAUUCUGGCUACAUUUCCAGAAAGCUUCCUUCCAGUAUCCAAGUCCAUAUAUGACGAUAUUUUGUUGGAGCUUGUGUCAAUUGUUACUUCUAGUGGCAGUAAGACAUUCUUAUGGACAUUGGCACUUAAGGCAUUAGUAGAGAUUGGUUUCUUCAUUAAUAAAUGUCCAGGCUCUGGGAAAGCUGCAAGUUUUGAGAGUAUUGUCGUCGAAAAGAUUGUUUCCUUGAUAUCUUCUGAUGAUUCAGCUUUGCCUUUAUCACUCAAAUUGCAAGCAGUUUUUGAAAUAGGAGAAACGAGGAAAGAUAUUAUGCUUAGAGUUGUCCAAGCGUUGGAUGAGGCUAUUUCUACCAAAUUUUCUGAAGUUAAUGAUCAUGGGAAUCAUGAGUCGUAUAAUAUGAUUGUCAAGCUUCUUGAUACUUAUACGCAGAAGGUGCUUCCAUGGUUUCUUGAGAUUGGAGGUUCUGAAGAAAUUCCACUGAAUUUUGCUCUUGGUAUCUGGGACAAGAUGGAAACUAGUAGGUUCCUGAACGUCAACCCUCUGCAAAUUGCAAGUGGUGUCCUCGGUGCAACAAUGACUGCAAUGAAGAGUGCAGUUGGGAGUUGUUCAAAAGAAAACCAGGAGAUCAUUAUCAGCAAAGCUUUCGGAAUACUCUUUUCAAGUACAGAUUUUGGGUCGCCGGGAUUUAAAUCUGGCAAUGAUAUAGUGAAGGAGGACGAGUUGCAGCAAACUAAUAACAAUGUUGGCAGAGAUAAGUGGCUUACUUCGUUAUUCGCGUCAGUUGUUAUAGCACUCCGUCCUCAAACUAUUAUACCGAAUGGCAAAAUGGUUUUGCAGCUGUUCAUAACAAGCCUAUUGAAUGGCCAUGUUCCAUCGGCUCAUGCGUUGGGUUCUUUAGUUAAUAAGCUACCUUUGGAGAUUAACGGAAUGGAUUCAUCUACAAGUUUUACUCUAAACGAGGCAAUGGACAUUAUAUUUCACAGUUUUAAUAUUCUGGGAAACGAUGGCAGUGGGAUUGAUUUCGGUAGUUUAAGACUGAAUACCUUGAGAAUACAAUCAGCAAUUAACACUGUUGUUGGAUUAGCCUGGAUUGGUAAAGGAUUACUUAUGAGGGGUCACGAGAAGGUGAAAGAUAUAACAAUGUCUUUAUUGAGUUUCUUGACGAUGGAUGGUCAAGAUGGGUUGCCGAAACAAUUUCAGAAUCUGAUUGAAGUUUCUGACGAGAAAGGCGUAAAUCAGCUGAUGAUAUGUGCUGGGGAUGCGUUUCGUACCAUUAUGAGUGAGUCUGAAGAAUGUCUGAAUCGGAAAUACCAUGCAAAUGUACGACCACUCUACAAGCAACGGUUCUUCAGCACCAUCAUGCCAAUUUUGAUAUCGUUGGUAGUAAAGUCCGAAUCAUCAUUUGUCAGAUCUAUGCUAUACAGAGCCUUUGCACAUGUUGUGACUGAAACUCCCCUGUCUGCUAUUUUGGGAGAAGCUAAGAAGUUGGUCCCUUUAUUACUGGAUUGUUUAUCCAUGCUGAGAAAGGAUGUAUCGAACAAGGAAAUUAUCUACAGUCUCUUGCUCGUCAUAUCUGGAGUAUUGGUGGAGAAAACUGGACAAGAAGCUGCAGUAGAAAAUGCACCCGGCAUUAUAAACCAACUUACUGAUUUAACAGCAUACUCGCAUAUGACGGCUAUACGUGAAACAGCAAUUCAGUGCCUUGUUGCCGUUUCUCAACUAUCCCAUACAAGAAUUUAUCCUUUGAGAACAAAGGUUCUACGAGCCACAUCGAAGGCGCUUGACGAUCCUAAGCGAGUUGUUCGUCAAGAGGCCGUCAGAUGUCAUCAAACUUGGGCUUCAAUGGCAUCAAGAAGUCUCCACUAUUGAAAUUAUUUCAAGGAUUUUCCAAUGCUAAGCUGAUUUCAUUAGACCUUGAAUUUUGCCUCCUCAGACUUGAAGCUGUAUAUUGUAGAUUGUGCAGCAUUCGUAUAUAUUUUAGAUGCGCUUCUCUGCUCGUUUGUUCACCUGUAUCGUUAAUUAUCCAUUUUUACACACAUCCACUUGUGUGUGUGGUUGUAUGCAAAUUUACGAUAAAAAUAUAAUUAUUCUUGUAGUAUCCAUUUUGGUAAGAAACAUGAAUUUUGAAGUAUUUUACCAGGUGUAGCAUAGAUUUUUGGAAUAAUUAUCUGUAGUCGGCGUUGAAAAGAUAUUGAAUUCUAUUGUUUAUGUAUACACAAGCAUAUAAAGUUAUGAU